GAUUGGCCUGGCUAACUUACUCGUUGAGGAAAAUGGGAGACGACCUGGGUGACGAGUGGUGGGCAAACCAGGCUAAUUCAGAUGCUUCUGAAGUGGAGGAGGAGACGGAACAAGAGAAACUUCCAGCAGCAAAACCAAACACACAGACAAAACCAGAGAAGAGGAAGAGGAUAGAAGAAAAAACAGUGAAGGCAAAGAAGAAGAAAAAGAAUGAACAGAAAGAGGUCGUAACUCCUCAGAAGAAAGAGACUGAGGAUGAAAAGUCAGAGAAACCCAAAAGAAAGAGGAAGAAGAAAAAGAAGACAAUUACAGAUGUUUUGGCCUCCUCAGAGCCAAAGCCAGGCUGUCCAGCAGACCUGCAGAACCUGGUUGCACAGUAUUUCUCAGACAAGCGCUCUGUUAUCGAGCAGGAGGAGCUCAAAUUGCAUGACUCCUGUUUCCUGUCCAGUAAUGACCUGACACACAGCUUCUCCUCGUACCUGAAACAGAUUUGUCCCAAAUGGUCGAAGAUUCAAAAGCAGCACACAGACAAGAGUUCUGUGGUUCUGCUCAUCGUCUGUAGCUCGGCUCUCCGAACCAUCGAGCUCAUCAAGCAGCUGACAGCCUUCAAGGGUGAAGCCAAGGCAUUAAAGCUUUUUGCGAAACACAUCAAGGUGGAGGAGCAGGUGAAGCUGCUGCAGAAGGGCAUCACACACAUUGGAGUCGGGACACCUGGCAGGAUCAGUGCUCUUAUUGAGAAUGACGGUUUGAACUUGCAGGCGUUGCGCUACCUGGUUCUGGACUGGAACUGGAGGGACCAGAAGCUCAGAAGGAUGGUGGACAUUCCUGAGAUCAAACUGGACUUUUUUAAGCUGCUGGAGAGUGGUAUCCUCAGUAGCUGCAAAGAAGACAAAGUUAAAAUUGGACUAUUUUAACUGCACAUUGUAAACUUCACCAUGUGCUGAUCAUUUACACCACAACUUCAUGUUCAAAGUGCCGUACUGAUGUGCCUC